GGUAGGAGGAGUCUGUGUCCUGUCUUCCGCGUUCCCCCCCUCCGGUUCUCUCCUCCGGUCUGACGGCACCGUACACCAUAGAUAUAUAUAUACAGCCACCCGGUGAACGGUUGUCUUCAUACAGGGAUUAUAAGGGAGUUGAACAACAUUCUGCCGCCGUCCCGGCUCCCCGUCUCAUCCAUGCAUUGGAGUCCUGGGCCCCAGUGCACCGGCUCCGGCUCCAGCCAUGUCGGCCAUGAAUGCAGCGGCUGGCGGCGGUGACAGAGCGGGAGGCGAACCGGCAGAAGAUGUGCUGGUUGAGGAAAACCAAAGCGGUUCUGUGUCUUUGUCCAGCAUGAUGACCUCCUCCUCAGCUGCUGGCAUGUCAUUGAGCUUGGAGAUGCCCCGGAAACGCAAGGGCAGCGUGGACAACCAGGACACAAAAUCUGGUUCCAUCCCUGACGUUGAUAUGGAAGACGAUGGGUCAGAUGGAGAUGACCAACAUGUCAAAAUUAAAUGCUUCAGGGAACCACACAGCCAAAUUGAGAAGAGGAGACGGGACAAAAUGAAUAAUCUCAUCGACAAACUAUCAGCCAUGAUCCCUACUUGCAACCCCAUGUCCCGUAAACUGGACAAACUCACUGUGCUCAGAAUGGCCGUGCAGCACCUCAAAUCUCUCAAAGGUUCAUCAAGUUCUUUUUCUGAAGUCAACUACAAACCGUCGUUCCUUCCCAACGAGGAGCUCAAACACCUUGUCCUCAAGGCUGCAGAUGGGUUCCUGUUUGUAGUGGGCUGUGAUCGUGGGAAAAUAGUUUUUGUCUCGGAGUCCGUCACGAAGAUAUUAAAUUAUAGUCGGGCGGAGCUGAUUGGACAGAGCCUGUUUGAUUACAUACACCCAAAGGACAUGGGAAAAGUGAAGGAGCAGCUGUCAGCUUCUGAAUUAUACCCUCGUGAACGACUAAUAGAUGCUAAAACCGGUCUGCAGGUCCAGGCUGACCUCCCAGUCGGUGCAUCACGGCUGUGUUCAGGCGCACGCCGCUCAUUCUUCUGCCGCAUGAAGUACAACAAAAUCUCUGUCAAGGUGGAGGAGAAGGAAUUCCAAGCAGGCACCUCCAAAAAGAAAGAGUCGCAGAAGUACUGCACCGUCCACUGUACAGGCUACAUGCGCAGCUGGCCUACCAGUCAGCUGGGAGCAGAUGGGGAGGGCGAGGCAGACAAGCAGGAUAGCUCUCACUUCAGCUGCCUGGUGGCGGUAGGACGCGUCCACUCCCACUCAUCUCCCCAGAUAAAUGGAGAGGUCCGAGUUAAACCCACAGAGUUCAUCACACGCUAUGCCAUGGAUGGAAAAUUCACCUUUGUCGAUCAAAGAGCAACAACCAUUCUUGGUUAUCUUCCCCAAGAAUUGCUGGGUACGUCAUGCUAUGAGUACUUCCAUCAAGACGACUUACCACAUUUAGCAGACAGACAUCGAAAAGUGCUGCGGAGUAAAGACAAAAUAGAGACAAACUGCUAUAAGUUCAAGACAAAAUACGGCUCUUUCGUCACUCUGCAAAGUCAGUGGUUUAGUUUUGUAAAUCCCUGGACCAAAGAAGUAGAAUACAUAGUGUCAACUAACACAGUUAUAUCGUAUGAUAACAGUCGAACCAGCCGGUCGGGAAACAAGUCUGAACAGUCAAGAAAUUCCAAGACUUCUGAAGAAGAUGGCAAGAAGUCCCUUCCAGUCAUACCAGGUAUCUCCACUUCACCUGGAGCUAUGAUUUAUGCUGGAAGCAUAGGGACCCAGAUCGCCAAUGAGCUGCUGGAUUUCAACAGGAUGAACUCGUCACCCUCCAGUGGCAGCGUCAGCCCGUUCAGUGGACCCCAGGAUAAGUGUCCACAAACUCACAAUCAACUCAGCAACAAUGUGCCAAACGGAGAGGCAACAGACAUGGAGAUCCCAGCAAAGUCCAGCUCAGAGGAUGAGCCCCAAGGAGCUGCAUUCUCAGGAGGAGACACACUCAUGGGGGAGAAUUCCCAGCUGGAUCUGGACAGCGUGGUUGGACCGGGCCUUAGUAGUCUUAGCAAUGACGAAGCAGCCAUGGCAGUGAUCAUGAGCCUCCUGGAGACAGACACAAACUUGGGCGAGGCUGUGGACUUUGAAGAGAUGCACUGGUCUUUAUAAAACCUGCUCUUAUAGUGUGGUGCUGUAGCACACUAAAAAACACUCGGACCAUCAUUUUUGUGAUGAGAACUGCUUGAAUGCUCACUCUAAGAAACAGCAUUCCUUUUUGUCAAAGGACUUUUUAUUUAUUAGUUACUGUUUUUUCCACAUAAGCUGUGUAGUCUUCGUGUGGCUGCUCUAACAGGGAGCUGGAUCGAUGACAAUAAGGGACAUCUGCUUUCCCUCUUCAGAAGGAGGAUGUGCCUCUAAAGCCUUACAGCGGUCUGCCUGCCCUGAAACGCUGUUCUCAACGCUUUCCUCAAAUCUACUGUCAUCCUCUGUUUACCUGCAGAGGCCUCACAAAGUCGAAGAACCCAUGAACACAAAUGUCAGUGACAUGAUAUAUGAUCGUGAUGGCUCGGGAUUCUCUCCUCCACCUACAUUUGAACAAAGGUUGGGAGUGACGAUGCAAAAAAAGAAAAAAUUUGCACUGAACCGAUUUCAUGUUUUUUUUUUAAAGGUUGUAAUUUGAUUAGGUACUGUAUGUUUAAUUAAAAUACAAGGAAGACACCAUGACAACCUGGCCCAUCUCUGUGACCCCCUCAGGAUCCAAGUCGUAGGUAGCCGGCGUACCACGGCAGACCACACUUCCAAAACCUCUAACUUUGAGAGUCACCUCGUGGUGUGCCGCUCAGAGAUUUUCUCUUGUCAGUAUCUGAACAUUUUCCAUGGGAACAGCCCAGCAACCUCCCCUCCUGUACUCUGACUUUAACAUUCUGUAUAUGUGUGGAUUUGGUAUGAUUGCAUACACCAUGUCUUCAAGCCAUAUCUGUCUUAAAGGGAUAGGUUGUGUAGGAAGAAUAUUUUCAUUUUUUUAGUAUGUACACUUCUACAGUCAUUUAGAUCCCAAAGUCGGCUGCCCUGGAUUUAAUUUGCCCUUGCUCUAAACUUUGAAAUGUCCAGUGUGUACGAUUUAGGGGGAUGUAUUGGCAGAAAUGGAAUAUAAUAUAAUAAGUAUGUUUUCUUUAACGUAUAAUAACCUGAAAAUAAGAAACAUGUUUUGUUACCUUAGUCUGAACCAUUUAUAUCUACAUUGGGAGUAGGUACUCAUCCAUGGAGUCCUCCAUGUUGCACCACCAUGUUUCUACAGUGGCCCAGAAUGGACAAACCAAACACUGGCUACAGAUCUAUUCCAGGGCUUCGCAUUUUGUCCUUAGCCACUGUAGCUAGCAGCCAAUCUGUGACAAGAGCAUUGGAAAAACACUGAAUUUUUUAAUGUGAAACUGCUUUAUUACGUCUUUUUAACAGUUUAAAUCACCUGGUCUGUUUGUUAUGGAGAUAUCUGUGAUAAUUCGGCUCAUGGUAGCAACCUCCUGAACGUGCUGGGCUAGCAGCACUUCUGCGAUGUGCUGAACAUCAUAGGAGAAACAUUGAUUUGUAUGGUGAAAUUGCGCUAUUCCGUGUUUAUACCUGUUUAAAUCACCUGGAGUCUCAUUAUAAAACAUUGCAUAGGAUUCAUACUAAAAAUGUACAUACGGACAAAAGCCAACAAUUUCUAAAAUCUGGCUUCCACCUCACCAUCUGCGUCACCAACUUCCCGUUUCAGAAUUGUUCGAUAAGUGUCUCCCAUCGAGUCUGUUUUUAUAGAUCACAACUUUUGCGUGGGAAGUUGAGUACGCCUCUUUCAGGCCUUGUUUUGUGCGUACACAGGGUUUAAUAAUGAGACCCCUGGUCCAUUUAUUUAAGAGAUGAAGAAACCGCUGCGAAAUAAUUCCACUCAUGGUAAAAACCUCCUGAACAAUGGACGCUGAAGGAAUUCUAACCAGAAGUUUCAGCUGGUUGCAAUCUACAAUUCUCACCACUAGAUGUCACUAAAUUCCUCUAAAUCUGACACACUGCUCCUUUAACAUUUCUCAGCAGAAAUGAUCCACGUUCAUAAAAGUGUUGGGAGAGCAGCCAGUUCUGACGGUUGGCCAUUCACGAGCUGCUAUGGAUUUAUGAGCACUGCAGUACUACUAAAUAAAACGCCACUUUAGACAUGCUGGAAUGAAAGUGUAGAAGCAAUGCUUGAGCAGCAAACCCAUUUCACUUCUGUAACAUUUUAUUAUUACAUUCUGGAGGUUGAUCUCUGAGUCUGAUGGUAGAGGUUAUAACUCAGGGAAUGAUGGAAACAGAGCCACCCCGUUAAAACAGAGAUGACAGUUCUUAGUAACUGUUGCAGUAUUUUUACCCUCUAGUUUAAAGUUUUACAUACUUCCCUAUAUACUGUUCAUUAAUACAGAGUCUGUACCUGUGCACCUGUGAGUCUGUGUUCUUACACAUGUUGUCAGCUUAAUAAUCUUGCAGGCAAACCAUAGCUUUAGCUGUUUGUUUUUUUUUCUCAUGAAUUAUCGUGCACUGACGGUCUUUCAGAAGACAUGUUUAAUGUGCUUGUCAGAGGCACACUGUCUUCAUGCAUACAUUUAUUAAGGGAUUACACUAAGCAGAGCGAUCAUUCCAUACAUUCUCAAUUUGAAGGUAUAUUCCUUUCUCCCUCCGUGUAAGUUUCACUCCCAUAUCAUGCAUGAAGGUAUAAGACUGUGCUGCUGACUAGAAAAAUCGCAUUUGGUGAGAACUUGAAUGAGUUGCUGACUUAUAUGGAUCCAUUUUGUCUUACCUCAUGUAGAGUUUUGUUUGGCCCAUGUUUACAAUUGCACAUCUUACAACUACAGCCAUGUGAUGAUUCGUAUGUUAGUGAUCCACUGCUGGGAGUCAUGACGAAGCCAUACGGCCUGUGUGUUGAUAUAAGGUAGAAAUGCCCAAGUCUGUCAAAUUAUUGUCAAAGUGAUAUUUAGAGAAAUACUUCACCCUCAAAAUGACCAUUUCUCCGCAAUUAGUCAUGCUGUGUUACUUUAAAUUCAUGGAGAAAACUUCAUGCAUGCCUCCAUGGAAAACGGCAAACAUAUUGACUUAUUAAUUGAUUGGAGACUGUGUUUAACAAUAGCAAAACUGUAUCAUCUGUCAACUACAACUGUCACAACACUUGUGCAGCAUAAUCCAAGAUUUAUUUAUCAAGUCGUAUGCUCAGUACUUCCCAAACACAUGCAUAUUUGCUAAAAAUGUUGCAAUAUAAAACUGAACGGAAAGUGAAACUCUACACUUACUUCAAAUCCAAACUCUAAUACUAAGGUUAUUUCACAGAAAUGCAUGUGUUCGUGAAGUACUGAGCAAACAACUGGAUAAAUAAGACUUGGAUUGUACUGCAUGAGUUGUGUGAGAUUUUGUAAACCAAUGUUUUGAUAUAGUUUUGUCGUUGUUAUUGUGGUCGCCAAUCAAUCAAUAAAUCAGUGUGUUCACUGUUUUUUGUGGAGGCAUGCGAGAAAAACAAAGUUUUCUUCAUGAAUUCAAGGUGACACAGCAUGACCUAUUGAUAUACAGUAGAGUAUUUCCUUCUAAAAAAUGGAAGUAGAAGCCAUGCUGAUGCCAAAUAGUUUAAGAUAGCUGUUGUAUUUGCUUGUCUAAAAAGUGUCAGCACUUUAGUACACUUCCCCUGUUAUGAAAAGAAAAUCAAAACCUAAAAUCCAGUAAUACUGUUAUAAAUUGCACAUUAAUUUUGGGCUUUUUUGAUACCCUUUUUUACAGUACGUUACAUUUAUCACAUCACAUUUCUCUUACCUGAAUAAUUUUGAUUGUUGUCUCACAGGGAGAGCAAUGAAAAGAGCAACAUCAGUAUAUGUUCUUCAAUUUUCUGUUAGACUGUGUAUCUUUAUCUCAACCUCUGUCAUUAGAACCUGAACCAGUGAGUCAAACAUAAGUGGUUGCAUUGCUGCCCAAAUCUACAAUACAUGGAGCUGUGUAGCUCUUAUGACCUGCCCUCGUUCAUACUGGUGUCUCGGGCCACAGUUUAUAGUCAUCUCAUGAGGACUGUUAAGGAUUCUUCUCUUGAAAAGGGUUGUUGUGAAUCAAAUACUGUCUUUUCUCUCUAAUGCUUGAAUUACAAGGAGCCAGUGGAUGGAGCAGCUGAAUCACAAGGACCCUCCUGCCCGUGUCCGAAGUGCCUUUGGACAUGUCUGCUCGGACACUCAGUAAAACCUGUGUUGCUCAUGGAGACCGCCUCUCCCACCUGGCAUCCUCCGCAGACUGAAAGGAGGGCUAAAAUGUAUCAUUGGAUUAACUUGACCCAUAUUGUGCACAUCAUGAAUGAAGCUUGUUGACAGAUAAAACAGGAGUUGUACAUGCUGGCUUUGUCGUUCCUUCAAAACUUACUACCUAACCAAACAAGCGGAGCUAUGGAGUGGUGCCAUAGACACCACUUUCUGAAAGGCAACUAGUCCAUUUUAUGUUGUUUUUGUCGCCAUUCUUGUUCAGUCAUCAGUGUAGUAGCUGUAAUUUCCCCAGUAAGCUAAAACAUGCUCCCACUUUGGCUCAUUUGAAGGCGAACGGUCCUUGCAUCUGUUUCCAUUUGAAAUAAAACAGUAGAUUUUUGUAAAAUAGGAACAUAAAGUUUUGAUUUGAUGCCCUG